AUGGGUAAAUCGGAAAGCCAAAUGGAUAUAGUGGAGAAAUCAACCAAGCCAGGUAAGCGGCGAUGGAGCGUGGCAGAGAUCGGACUCUCCGUGCUUCUGCUGGUGGUGAGCUGCGCGCUGGCCGGACUCAUAGUGCUCUACACGUCGGCUCUGAGAGAGCGAUCCAGCAGAACUGAGACUCCGCGGAACGCUGGGACUGUUGAGGGGCCACUGUAUCGGCCCAGCAGCCAUGAUGUGUGCACUAACCCUGGGUGUGUCACCGCGGCUGCACGGCUCCUCCAGAAUAUGGACCCCACAGUCGAGCCGUGCCAGAACUUCUACCAAUACGCCUGCGGAGGCUGGCUGGACCGGCACGUGAUCCCAGAGACCAGCUCCAGGUACAGCGUCUUCGACAUCCUGAGAGACGAGAUGGAGAUCAUACUGAAAGGGGUUUUGGAGUCUGAGAAUGAGAAGGAUCGGGAGGCCUUCCACAAAGCCAAGACCCUGUACAAAUCCUGCAUGAAUGAGAGUCUUAUUGAGCAGCGUGACUCCCAGCCCCUGAUUGAGCUCAUUGACACCAUCGGAGGCUGGCCUGUGGCCUCAGACGACUGGAACGGCACCUCAGUCAGGGAGUGGAGCCUGGAGGACACCUUGGCCACCCUCAACUCCCGUUUCCAUAAGAAGGUGCUGGUGGACAUGUUUGUGUGGACAGAUGACCGUGACUCCAGCCACCACAUCAUCUAUAUUGACCAGCCAGGGCUGGGAAUGCCGUCCCGAGAUUAUUACUUCAAUGAUGGAAACUACAAAAAGGUGCGAGAGGCCUACCUGCAGUUCAUUGUUUCGAUUGCUUUGAUGGCCCGUGAAGACCGUAACCUGACGCGGGACGAGGAGCGUGUCUGGGAGGAAGUGGUGCAGGUGAUGCAGCUGGAGACAGAAAUCGCCAAUGCCACAUCUCCCGCCGAAGAGCGCCAGGACGUCACUCUGCUCUACAACAAGAUGACCCUGACUGAAGUGCAGGAGACCUUCAGCCUUAAUGUGAGUGGCUUCAACUGGACGCAGUUUGUUCAGGGCGUACUGUCAAGUGUAGCCAUAGAGGUCCAUUCCGAGGAGGAGGUGGUGGUGUAUGGCUCCCCCUACCUACACAGGCUGAACGACGUGCUUGCCAAAUACAACACCAGAACUUUGCAGAACUACCUGACCUGGCACCUGAUCAUCGACAGAGUCAGCAGUCUGAGUCGCCGCUUCAAGGACGCCAGGGCCCACUACAGGAAGGCACUGUACGGGACGACUGUGGAGGAGGCCCGCUGGCGGGACUGUGUCCGCUACGUCCAGAGCAGCAUGGAGAAUGCAGUGGGAGCGCUGUAUGUGAGGGAGACCUUCGCCGGGGAGAGCAAGCGUAUGGUGAGUGAUCUCAUCAGUAAGAUCCAGGAGGCCUAUGUGGAAACUCUGGAGGAGCUGAGCUGGAUGGAUGCUCAGUCAAAGGAGAAGGCUAGGGAGAAGGCCAUGGCCAUCAAAGAGCAGAUUGGUUAUCCAGACCAUAUCCUGGAGGAGGAGAACGUCAAGCUGGACCAGGAAUAUGCCCAUCUGAACUUCAGUGAGGAGAACUACUUUGAGAAUAUUCUGCAGAACCUGCAUGCAGGCGCCCAGAAAAGUCUGAGGAAACUGAGGGAGCGGGUAGACCCUGACCUGUGGAUUAUUGGAGCUGCGGUCGUCAAUGCUUUCUACUCCCCCAACAGGAACCAGAUAGUGUUCCCUGCCGGAAUCCUGCAGCCCCCCUUCUUCAGCAAGCAGCAGCUCCAGGCUCUAAACUUUGGAGGCAUCGGGAUGGUGAUUGGGCAUGAGAUCACCCAUGGCUUCGACGAUAAUGGGAGGAAUUUUGAUAAAGAUGGCAACAUGUUCAACUGGUGGAGCAACUUCUCGGCGGAGCACUUCAAAGACCAGUCGCAGUGCAUGGUGCACCAAUAUGGCAACUUCACCUGGAAGCUCGCGGGAGGGCAGAACGUCAGCGGCAUCAGCACGUUAGGGGAAAACAUUGCAGACAAUGGAGGAGUUCGGCAAGCAUACAAGGCAUACCUGAAAUGGGUGGAAAGAGAGGGGGAGGAGCCUUAUUUGCCUGGUCUGGACCUGAACCACAAACAGCUUUUCUUCCUCAACUUUGCCCAGGUGUGGUGUGGCUCUUACCGGCCUGAAUAUGCUAGCCAGUCCAUCAAAACUGACUCACACAGCCCCCUGGAGUACAGGGUGAUGGGCUCUCUACAGAACUUUGGAGCGUUUUCUGAGGCAUUCCACUGCAAGCAAGGCACUCCAAUGAACCCCAAGGUGAAAUGUCGUGUGUGGUAGCUAGGGGGCACUGUCAUGUACACUGGAGUUUACAUGCUGACUGGGGCAGGACAUGGGCAGCUCAGUACCUUUGUGUGCCGACCCAAACCACAGCGGUAGCUGUUCCCAGUGCAUGUAUGGAAAAAAGGAACAAACUUAAUUGCUUAAUGUCUU